AUGGUCUUGAACCACAAGCCUAUGCUACAGCCAAAACAGCAGGCUACUGCCAUUGAGAAUAAAUACCAGCCAAAAUCAAUGCUUCCCAUGGAAGAGAAAAUGGUGCUUGAAAGGAAGGUGACGGGAACAGUCAAAUGGUUCAAUGUCAGGAUGGGCUACGGCUUCAUUACAAGGAAUGACGAUAAGAAUGACUUAUUUGUACACCAGACAUCCAUCAAGAAGAAUAAUCCCCGGAAGUACCAUCGCAGCCUUGGCGAUGGGGAGACAGUGGAGUUUGAUGUGGUUCUGGGAGAUAAAGGCCUGGAAGCGGCCAAUGUCACCGGCCCCAGCGGCAUGCCCGUCUAUGGCAGCAUCUAUGCUGCAGACCGUCGCAAAUGUCCCAAGAAUGGUCCGGCUACCAGUUAUCAGGCGACUUACGACAUUCGGGAGAGUAUGCCGAAGAGUCAGGUGGAUGCUCCAGAUGAUGAGGGCCAUGAUCAGCAGUCCAUGUUUUACACCCUGCACAGAGCCUUCAGGAUUUUACCCCGCUAUUCCAACUCACCUCUGCAAGCAGACGUAGUGCCUGCUAAAGCCCGAGUUGCACAAAUUGAACAAAGAAAACCAAUGAAAGAGGGCAUAUGCCAGGACAUACAGCAGCUUUUUGACUUAGGGCAGCACUGUCUGAGACAGCCUAAAGAGGAAGGCCAUAAAGAAGCUAAGGAGAAACACCAGGCAAGUGAGACCAUCGAGCAGAUGGCAAGUCAGCUUUGCUACUGUCCUAUCUACAGUUAUCUACACAGACGCCCCAGGAACUCUAAACCCCAGGGUGGGAAAGAGGGUAAGGAGACCUCAGGAUUUCCAAAUGAAGACAUGUCACCAUCAGACGCCAGGAACAUGGGGCUCUGCAAAUGCCAGCGUAUGACAGGUACUAUCAUCCACUCAUCUUGCCCUCCUUGCACCGUCCAGCCAUCAAAUGAGAAGAAAUAA